CCUUCCUCACUCUCUCUGCAUCUCUCUCCAUGGCUGCUUUCUUCUUCGUCCUCCUCUUCUCCUCUAUCCUAUCCUCUUGCACCUCGUUCACUCCCCACCCCCUCUUCAAGCAAGCAUCCCUCCUCCUCUCUCUCAAACAAUCCUUCGUCGACCCAAACGCCCUCCUCUCUUCCUGGAACUCAUCAAACACCACCUCCUUCUGCACAUGGACCGGCGUUGAAUGCGACAUCGCCGGCCGGUUUGUUCUCUCUCUCGACCUUUCUAACUCCAACUUAUCCGGUUUCAUCUCUCCAGCGAUCGCCGGAUUCCAAUCCCUCACCCAUCUCUCCCUCGCCGGAAACUACCUUUCAGGCGAACUCCCUCUCGGCAUUGCCGAUCUUCCUCGUCUCCGCUUCGUCAACAUCUCAAACAACCAGCUCAACGGCUCCUUAGAAAGCUGGAAAUUGGCCUCCAUGGCGUCCAUUGAGGUGUUCGACGCUUAUGACAACAAUUUCUUCGGCCCCCUACCUGUUGAAAUCGUCAAGCUUUCAAAGCUUCGGCAUUUAGACCUCGGCGGGAAUUACUUUUCUGGCUGCAUUCCGGCGGUCUACGGCAAAUUUGUAACACUCGAAUUUCUAUCGCUCGCCGGAAAUGAUCUCGGCGGUCGAAUACCACCGGAGCUCGGCAAUCUGACUAAUCUCAAACAGCUGUUUUUAGGAUAUUACAACCAAUUCGACGGCGGAAUCCCGACGCAGAUUGGAAAAUUGAUCAAUUUAACUCAUCUUGAUCUUUCCAGCUGCGGCCUCGACGGCGAGAUUCCACCCCAGUUGGGUAAGCUUGAAAAGCUCGAUACUCUGUUUCUUCAAACCAACCAACUUAUCGGCGCAAUUCCGCCUGAACUUGGAAAUCUCACUGGGCUCAAAUUCCUCGACCUAUCGAACAAUGCUCUAACCGGAGAGAUCCCUAAGGAGUUCUCGGCGCUUCGGCGGCUCAACCUGCUUCACCUAUUCAUCAACCGGCUUCAUGGACAAAUUCCUGAGUUCAUCUCCGUCUUGCCAGAGCUUCAGGUGCUAAAGCUUUGGCACAACAACUUGACCGGCGUGAUACCGCCGGAUCUCGGCAGCAAUAGAAAGCUCCGGGAAGUGGACCUUUCAUCGAACAAGCUCACUGGGGAGAUUCCGCCAGCGCUUUGCGUCGGCCGCAAGCUUGAAAUCUUGAUCCUUCUCAACAACUUCCUGUUUGGUCCAUUGCCGGAGGAUCUCGGUGAGUGCAGAACACUCUCUAGAGUCCGUCUUGGUCAAAACUAUCUCACCGGGCCUAUCCCAAGAGGCUUCCUUUACUUGCCGGAGCUGUCUCUGAUGGAAUUGCAGAGUAAUUACCUCACCGGGAGUAUCUCCAACGACCCAUGGAGAACUCCGGCGAUGCUCAGCCAGCUGAACUUAUCAAACAACCGCCUUUCCGGCCCCUUGCCUCCUUCCUUCGGCAGAUUCUCAGCGCUCCAAAUCCUCCUUCUUAACGGCAACCAAUUCGCCGGCGCAAUCCCGGCGCAACUCGGAAAGCUGAAACAUUUACUUAAAAUCGAUCUCAGCCUCAACAAUUUCACCGGCAAGAUCCCGCAGGAGAUCGGCGACUGCUCUCAACUCACAUAUCUCGAUUUAAGCCAGAACAUGCUCACCGGAGCAAUCCCAGCUCGGAUUUCCCAGCUGAGAAUUCUGAAUUACCUCAACGUUUCCUCGAAUAAGCUCAGCUACAGUAUCCCAAGGGAAAUCGCUAACAUGAAAAGCCUAACCGCUGCCGACUUCUCCCACAAUAAUUUCUCCGGCCGGAUCCCCGACUCAGGUCAAUUCGCCUACUUCAACUCCUCCUCCUACUCCGGAAAUCCCCUGCUCUGUGGUCUUGUUUCAAACCCAUGCAACUUUUCCAAAAUCACUCCUUUCCCCCGAAACCAGCACGGCGGCGGUGGAAUUAGCGCACAACUCCCGGGAAAAUUCAAGCUUCUCUUCGCCCUCAGCCUCCUCGCUUGCUCUGUCAUCUUCGCAGCCACUGUCGCCGUCAAAACUCGCUCCAUCAUCCGUAAAAGCUCUAAAUCUUGGCGUCUUACCGCAUUCGGGAAGCUCAACUUCUCCGCCGUCGACAUUGCCGACUGCCUUAAGGAAAACUGCGUCAUUGGCCGCGGCGGCGCCGGCGUUGUCUAUCGCGGCACGAUGCCUGGCGGCGAACACGUGGCCGUUAAGCGAUUACUGGGAAUAAACAAAGGAUCGACGCACGACAACGGACUCACGGCGGAGAUACAGACGUUGGGGAAGAUCCGCCAUAGAAAUAUAGUAAAGUUGCUUGCCUUUUGCCGGAACAAGGAGACAAACCUUCUUGUGUACGAAUACAUGCCUAAUGGAAGCUUAGGAGAAAUGCUUCAUGGGAAGAGAGGUGGGUAUCUGAAGUGGGAGAUGAGGUUGAGGAUUGCAACAGAGGCAGCCAGGGGACUGUGCUAUCUUCACCAUGAUUGUUGUCCUCUAAUUCUUCACAGGGAUGUCAAAUCGAACAAUAUAUUGCUGGAUGAAAAUUUUGAAGCUCAUGUUGCUGAUUUUGGGUUGGCUAAGUUCUUAAGGGAUUCUGGAGCUUCGGAAUGCAUGUCCGCCAUUGCAGGAUCAUAUGGUUACAUCGCUCCAGAGUAUGCGUACACGUUGAAGGUGGACGAGAAGAGCGAUGUAUAUAGCUUCGGAGUUGUGCUGCUGGAGCUGAUAAGCGGCAAGAGGGCGGUCGGAGAUUUUGGAGAGGAAGGCCUUGAUAUUGUACAGUGGGCGAAGAUGUUUACGAACUGGAAUAAGGAGGCGGUGGUGGAGAUUUGGGAUAAGCGGCUGGCGAACAUUCCUUUGGAGGAGGCGAUGCAGGUUUUCUUCGUAGGGAUGCUGUGCGUGCAGCAGAGGAGCGUCGAGCGGCCGACGAUGAGGGAGGUGGUGCAGAUGUUGGAGCAAGCAAAGCGGCCAUAUGGAAGUUGACAGCUUUUUUUUUUAAUAAAAUUUGACGUAAUUUUAUUUAGUCUUUUUAUAGGAUUAUGAUGGUUGGAAUAUGUACAUGGUAAGUGUGAUCUUAGAGACUUUUCUAUGGGUUGAAAGGGGAUUUCUUGGGAGGGUUAUGCGCUCUCCCCAAUGCAAGGAUGUGGAGUUUUUGAGGGAAGAUUUGUAAAGUGGU